AUGAUGCCGCUUGUCUUCAGUUAUUACGGAUGUCAAUUAGGUGCUUUCAGAACAUUGUGCGAUAAACUGCAAACGAGUUAUGGUUUACAACCAACAUUGAAUGUAGGCAUUGAAGAGAGUGUGGCCAUGUUUCUACGGAUAUGUGGGCAUAACGAAGUUCAAAGAGAUGUUGGAUUACGAUUUGGACGGACGCAAGAGACUGUGAAUCGAAAAUUUUUUGAAGUGCUUAAAGCGACUGAGUUACUUGCUUGUGAUUAUAUCAGGACUCCAACAACCCAAGAACUACGACAAAUUCCUGAACGACUAGUAAUGGAUCAAAGAUAUUGGCCAUAUUUUAGUGGAUUUGUUGGCGCUAUGGACGGAGUUCAUGUUUGCGUUAAAGUGAAGCCUGAAGUUCAAGGAAUGUACUGGAACCGGCACAAUAUAACUUCAUUUAAUAUAAUGGCGAUAUGUGAUCUCAAUAUGUUAUUCACAUAUGUUUGGAAUGGAGCACCUGGCUCAUGUCAUGAUACAGCAGUUCUCACAAUGGCGCAAGAAAGGGAUUCCGAUUUUCCUUUACCUCCACCAGACAAGUAUUAUCUAGUCGAUUCUGGCUAUCCAAACAAACAAGGUUUUUUGGCUCCUUUAGAUCUUCACGGAAUGUGGUUGUUCGGUAUCAUAUGUCACAAUUUGAAAAUGGUCCUCCUCCUAGAAACAAGCAAGAGUUGUUUAAUCGAUAUCAUGCAUCUUUACGUUCUGUUAUUGAAAGGACUUUUGGAGUAUGGAAGAAGAAAUGGAGGAUUCUUUGUGAAUUUCCUAGGAUAUGAUAAGAAAGUUCAAAAAAGAGUGGUAAUGGCGACAAUGGGACUACAUAAUUUUAUUAGAAUUUCUAAUUUUUCAGAUGAAGAUUUUGCUGAUGUAAGAAGAGACACAGAGAUUGGUAACACAAGUUCUAUGAUAGAACCAAGUGAUGGCAGAAGCGGAAAUAGGAGAAGGAGAUUUUAUGGCUAA